UUCCACUGGGUGGCAGAGUUGGAUCAGUCUUUCCAAUCAAAGCUCUGGCCUCUUAUCAACUCAAGAGAAUACAAUGAUCAAUAUUUGCUUCUCCAUUGUAUUGUCCUUGCACUUUGGACUUUGUAAUUUGUCCAACAGCUUAGAUAUACAUAUCUCUUGUAGGAUACCGUUGUUUCUUAUCAGAAAAUACAUAGGGAAUUAAUUAUUAAUUCAAAUGCUUGAUUGAUCCUUUUAUAUAAUCCUCUGAUAGUAUAGAAGUGUUAUCCAUCAAUGAUCAACACAUGAUCAACUCCAGCUGUGCAAAUCAUUACAGAGACAAGAGGAAUACUAUACCUCUGUGUGUCCAGUCUGAGCUCCACCCAUGUUGCUACUUUUACGCUGUCAUCUGAUACACAUGGAAAUAAAAGGGAGGGCCGUGAUUGCAUGGAGGAGGGCGUGUGGGUGUGUUUGUUUCGGGGCGGGUGUAUGUAUGUAUGUGUGUUUGUUUGUGUGUGUGUGUGUGUGUGUGGAUGGUGUGUGUGUGUGUGGAGUUAGCUGAAACUAUGAGAGAUUCAGCUGAGACGCUCACAUAGUUGAGGUGUGGCUUGUUAGAGGCUCCAGGAAGGAACUAACUCAGGUUAGCCAGAGGCAGACAGAGUAGAACAGAACAGAACAGGAGCGGCUGAGGCGAGUUCAUCUGAGAGAGAAAGUGAGCGAGAGUGAGCUAUGGCAGACACAGAACUCAAACCAGAGUCAAAACCAGACCAGAAACUCUGCUGCACUGUUUGUUCCGGUGCUCUCAAUGGUGACAAGUCCUCUACCUGUGGCCACUCAGUCUGUGCCUCCUGCCUGGGCAAGAAAAGUAAGGGCUGCCCCCAGUGUUUACAAUGCUCUGGCAAGCCUAUACCGGCACCUGUGGAACAGAACGGAACGAUGAAUGAAAUAGUGGCUGAGUCUCCACUGGUGAUCAAAACCGAAGAAAAAGAGAAAAGGGACAUACAAACCCAAAUUUCAAAGACAUCAGAGGAGGCAAAGAUACAGGAAGACCUGAAGGAAUCAGAGGACCCUAAGAAACCAGACAAGGCAAUGAUACAGGAAGACCUGAAGGAAUCAGAGGACCCUAAGAAACCAGACAAGGCAAAGAUACAGAAAGACCUGAAGGAAUCAGAGGACCCUAAGAAAUCAGAGGAUGCAAAGAUACAGGAAGACCUGAAGGAAUCAGAGGAAGAGAGAAAUAAAGAGAGUGAUCCUCAACAGCCUGCAGAGGAAGUGAAAGAGGAAGUGGGGGUUGGGGAGGGAGAUACAUUAAGGGAAGAGAAAGCAAAAGGAGAGGUGAAAGUGGAGCCGUUGGGGCCCGAUGAUGUUGUGUGUGACUCGUGUAUGGAGAUGAGCCCGUGCCGGGCCCUCAAGUCCUGCCUCACCUGCCUUGUGUCCUACUGCGAGGCCCACCUUAGGCCUCACCUGGAGAACCCCAAGUUCCAGAACCACAGGUUGGUGGAGCCGCUGAGGGACAUCGAGAGACGGACCUGUGAGACCCACAAGUGGCCCCUGGACCUUUUCUGCUGUGCCGACGCUGUGUGUGUCUGUCAGGACUGUGUGACAGAGGACCACAGGGGACACAACACUGUGCCUGUGGUGGAGGCACGCAGAACCAUUGAGAGGGAACUACUAGAUAAGCAAGCAGAGAUGGUGAAGACCGUGACAGCAGCAGAGAAUGCCAUCAACAAACUUCAAGUCAACACGGUCUCUAUUGAGAAUUCAGUGACGGAGGUCCGUGAGGUGAUUGAGAACCAGUUUACGGUGCUCCAGGCUGCGGUGGAGCGGGCCAAGAGAGAGGUGACGGAGAUCCUGGAGGGAGAGGAGAAGCAGGCUCUGAGACAGGCCGAUGGGAUCAAGGUACACCUGGAGCAGAGGUGCACUGAGCUGAAGAAGACACAGGCGCAGGUGGAGAAGCUCUCCAAGAACAAGAACGACAUCGACUUCCUACAGGAGUACUCCGAGUGGAAGAAGGACUGCUCGGACAUCACCCUACCUGGGGUCUACAUCGGCCUCAUGGACCGGCUCAACUCCUUCAGCAGAGAGAUUGUUACCUCCACACAGGAGCUGUGUGAGCUGCUGCUGUCCAACUACAUUGAGACACUCAAAGAGACCUGCAAGAAUGACAUGAUGGGGAUAAAAACCACUGUCCAUGAAAUAAUCGCAGCAAAACAGAACAUGGAUGUUCCAGACCCAAAGACGCGGGAUGACUUUCUAAAGUAUGCCAAUCCUGUGAGUUUUGACGCAGACACCGCCCAUAAGUUCCUGCGUCUGACUGAGGAAAACAGGAAGGUGACCAACACCACACCCUGGCAACACCCGUACCCCGACGUCCCUGAACGCUUUGAGAACUGGCGCCAGGUACUGGCCACAGAGAGCUUCUAUGUCGGCCGACACUACUUCGAGGUGGACGUGAGCGGUGAGGGCACGCAUAUUGGACUCACCUACAAGAGCAUCGACCGCAAGGGUCCUGAAAGUAACAGCUGCAUCACCGGCAAUGACUUCUCAUGGUGCCUCCAAUGGAACGGACGUAGCUUCUCUGCCUGGCACGGUGAUGUGGAGACGCCUCUAAGUGUGGACAAGUUCACACGUAUUGGGGUCUAUGUGGACUAUAGCCGUGGAUUACUGGCUUUCUAUGGGGUGGAUGACGUCGGCGGCAUGACCCUCAUCCACAAAUACAAGGCUGAGUUUCUGGAGCCCCUCUACCCAGCCUUCUGGCUGUCGAAGAAGGAGAACGUGGUAGUGCUUGUUGAACCUGGAGCGCCGCUGCCACUGAAAAGCUCCUCUCCCCCUAAAAUACCCCUGAACACUGACGUAGCACCCCGAAGCCGUUUCACAGUAACUCUUGUUGUUGAACAAUGAUCAAUUUGUCGGUAGUAGUAAUUUUCUCCGUCAAGCCUGAAAAGAUUCAGAAUGCAGGAAGCAAUGGAAAAAGAAACCUAAAACCUCAUCAGGUGACAAGAAGCCUCACUAGAUCUGUAUAUUAUGUUCUAAAGGAAAGUUGAAUAUUUAUAAUAUACUUCCCGAGAGUAUAUUGGUUGUUCUUAUUCUUAUUGUGUUACAUGACUAAUCUUGGUAUAAUGUCAGUGGUUAGGUUACAUCUAAUGUGAUGGGUCACUUUCUAUUCAUAUUGUUUGUUUAAAUCUGAUGCAAAAAAGUUUUGAUACUGUGACUAUUUGAAUGGUGGAAUUCUUUGGGAAAUGUUGCGACUGCUGUUACUGUUUACUACAAACUGUGACUUUGGAAUGUACUGUAUUUGAGAGAUACCACAGUAAAUUAAAUUAAAUUGUAUUUGUCAA